AUGUCAUUUCAAGAUUCUAUGGACGGAAAGCUGCAGGCUUAUCAUGCCUGGGUCGAUAUAUGGCUUACCACCAAGCCAAGUGUACAGUCUCAUGACGAGUGCUUCAAAGUUGUCACGAAGGAUGCUCCUCAGUGGCUGACAGAACACCAACCUAACAACUCUGUGGACUAUGAGCGUUUGACAAACAUCAUAGCCUGUUAUAAAACAGCAGCGCUCGCCAAGCUCAUUCCCUUAGGGGGACGAGUGCCUCCAUCCUCUGUCGAAUGGGAUGUUUUGUCUGAAUCCUACGACCCCCGAGUUGAGUGUUCAUGCGAUGGACUCUAUCCGGUAUUCCCAAACAUUGAUUCACCACUACUUGAGAACUGCGGCUGCAAGGCAGUAGAAAGUAUGAUCAAAGUUGGGAACCUUGCAAGCCAAAAGGAAGAGGAGUGGAACCGCUCUCCCUUUUUCUCAGCAGAUAAACUCUCACAUGCUAUGACGGAGCUUGCCCUGUGCAACGCGGAUGAGCAACCUCUACCGAAUAUUUGCGGAGGACACGAAAGGGAAAAUAACGUGCCUGCAGCCCGAGCACCAGACAGACGGCCCGCACAGGAUAGUGACCUGGAUGAUUCUAUUCAUCAUCGGCUCUAUCCGACAAAAGAGCGCGUCAGGCUCUGUGCCGAUGCCAAGUACUUCUAUGUCGUCUCCAGUGGUGCCAGUCUCGUCGAUCCGGGCAUUCUCUUGGCUAUCGCCGAUGCAGGCAAUGAUAUUCUCAUUGGAGACUACUGCGAGGCUGCGACUGACGAGACUAUUGAGACCCUGCAAAAGGUCGGCGCUGCAUCUAUGGCAUUCUUGAAAACAUGCGUCUAUGCAGGUCUCUUGAGUGAUUGGCAAUUCGACAACCUUGUAGCUGCAACCAUCCAUUUUAGGAUUCUAGGCUACUGGCGAGAUCACUCCAUACCCAAACUCCCGGGCGGCUUUUACGGUAGUCGAAUGACUGGACUGGUGGUCCACAGGCAUAUUGAUCUGGGACUCACUGUGGGAGUAGUUGGUGCUUCACUGGCAAGUGGUGAGACAAUCACCGGGGAUGAGUUCAUGCAGCUGAUGGAGACUUGCGCUUUGUUCAACGACCUGAUAGACUUCAGAGGAGACGCAAUGCGAAAGCAAAGAGAGAAUGUUGUCCUUCGCGGGAUCCGGGGCUCAGCCUGCGAGUACUUGGAUGACAUUGUGGCAAAAUGCGUCCAAGGAGCUGCUGAGCUGGUUCGUCGCCGCAAGAUCAAUGCCCUAGUCAUUAUGAGUCUCUGUAACUGGGGCCUCAUGUCUUGUCACCACAAGGUGUACGAGCUGGUGCAUGGGACCCAUCUCAUUAACAAGGAAAGAGUUUGCCAUUAUCGCUCUACCAGCGAUGGCAGUUAUGAGAAGCUCUUACUGGCCUUGGACAAAUAUGGAACACUGGGCAGCGAAGGCCCUCGUGCCACAAUGAAGCGGAAGGCCCUUCAGACCAUGUAUCCAAAGUUUCAGCGGACACCUGAGACGCACAUCGCGUGGUUGGCAGAUGUCACGAGGGAGAUGCUCAAUCCUGCCAACCUGCGACGGCUGGUUGACUUCGUUCACUACGAGUGGAAUGGUCAGCUAGGUGACAUGGCUUACUGUCCGUAG